AACAAUCAAAAUUAAACAAAGAAAAUAACAAUGAACACAACGAAUCAUUACUUAACAAAUCUUCUUUUUCUUCUUCCGCACCAUCCAUUAAUGAAAAUUUGUUAUUAGUAGAUCAUGAUCCAGAUUCUGGCGAUAACAAUAAUACAGAUGAUGAAAAUCCAAAUAGCAUGGAUAUAGAUAGUGAUGCUGAAGAAACUCUGCUCUUUGAAUCGAAUGAAAACAAUGACUAUAGCUCAGCGAUCAAAAAAAGAGCAAAAGAAUUUAUGAAACUUUACAGUCAAUUUGUGCUUGAUCUGGUCAUGCUUGUCGUGCUGGUUGCGCUUGGUCUGGUCAUGCCUGGUCAUCAUGUUGAUAUUUCAAAAGUCAACAUGUCAGUAAUUAGGCCAUGGAUAGCACAAAAGAUAGUUGAAAUAUUGGGUAGUGAGGAUGAAGUGGUUGUUAAUUAUGUAUUUGGUUUAUUGGAAGAACAUGUUAGUUUUAUUUUAAAUAAUUUGAUUAUAAUUAGAAGUUAUGGUAUCCCACCAAUAUUUCUUGAACAAAAAAUGGAAGAAUUACAAGACGAACGAAUUUUAUCUGAAAUACGGAAAAGAAGAGAAAAAGAUGUGGAGGAAAGAUUAAGAUUAAGAGAGUUAAGAGAUAGAGAACGUAGAGAUGAAAGAGAUCGCAGAGAUGAAAGGGAACGUCGAGAUGAAAGAGAUCAUCGCGUUAGUAGAGAGGAGAAAGAUCGUAGAGAAGACCGCGAAAGAAGAGACCGUGAACAUAAAAAUCGCCAUCACAGUAAAAGCAGAGGAGGUGGUGGUGAGGAAAGACAUCGUCGUAAUUCACAUAGAAGUGUUAGUCGUGGUAGAGAAGAUGAGGAUGAUAAUCGCGGUAGUAAAGAAGAAGGAAGAAAACAUAAAUCUAAUAAUAGUAGAAGACGUAGCAGUAGCAGAAGUCAUAGACAUAGACAUAAAAGUCGUAGUAAAAGUCAUGAUGAUUCAUAUGUUAGUAGUAGUAGUAGUAGGAGGCAUAGGCGUUCAUCAAAGGAUGAUGAUGUUACUAUAAAAGAAAGUGGUAAUCAAAUUAUUAAAGCAAGAUCGCACAAUGUUGAAAAUAUUAACAACAACCAAGAAAAUUAUGAAGAUUUGGACAGCUUAGAAAUCAAUGGCAUAGAUGUUUCUUACAAAGAAUCAGAAGAAUCAGUUAAUGAUUUGUAG